GGCGGGCCCGGCUCCGAGAGGCGGCGGAGGAGAAGGAGAAGGAGAAGGAGGAGAAGAAGGAGAAGGAGGAGGGGGAGGAGGAGAGGGGCUGAGAUGGCGGCAGCCCCCGCGUGGGGUGGCGAGGGGAAUGGCAGCCAUGGCGAGGCGCAGUGGCCAGGGCAGCCGUGCGACGAGCGGCUGUGCUCAGCGCUGCCGGUGAGGGCACUGAUCCCGGUGACGGCCGUGUGCGCUGGGCUCUUCGCCCUCGGCGUGGUGGGCAACGUGCUGACGGUGCUGGUGGUGUGCGGGCAGCGCGCCAUGAAGACCACCACCAACCUGUACCUCAGCAGCAUGGCCGUGUCCGACCUGCUCAUCCUGCUGGGGCUGCCCUUGGACCUGUACCGCCUGUGGCGCUCGCGGCCCUGGAUCUUCGGGCAGCUGCUGUGCCGCCUCUCGCACUACCUGAGCGAGGGCUGCACCUACUGCACCAUCCUGCACAUCACCGCCCUGACGGUGGAGCGCUACCUCGCCGUCUGCUUCCCCCUCAAGGCCAAGGUGGUGGUGACCAAGCGCCGCGUCAAAGCCGUCAUCGGCGCCCUCUGGGCCUUCGCCCUGCUCUCGGCCGGGCCCUUCUUCUUCCUGGUGGGCGUCGAGCAGCCCGACAACCACACCGACUUCGGCCGCGAGUGCAAGCCCACCCCGCAGGCCCUCGAGUCCGGCCUGCUGGCCACCAUGUUCUGGGUCACCACCUCCUACUUCGUCCUGCCCGUCCUCUGCCUCAACGUCCUCUACGGCUUCAUCGGCCGGGAGCUGUGGCGCAGCAAGGGGCGCCUGCGGGGCCCCAGCGCAGCCCUCAGGGAGCGGGGACACCGCCAGACCGUCAAGAUCCUGGCUGUGGUGAUUCUGGCCUUUAUAAUUUGCUGGUUGCCUUUCCACAUUGGCAGGAUCAUUUUCAUAAACACCCAGGACACCAGGAUGAUGCUCUUCUCCCAGUACUUCAACAUCUUCGCCCUGCAGCUCUUCUACCUGAGCGCCUCCAUCAACCCCAUCCUCUACAACCUCAUUUCCAAGAAGUACCGGGCGGCGGUCUACAAGCUGCUGCUGCCGCACCGCUCCGCCGAAAGGGCCUUCACCAUCACCAAGGAGGCCGGAGGCUACACCGAAUCCAGCACGAGCACGAGAAACAAGUAAAGGGCUGGCCCCUGGGGCUGCACCCCGGACGCCAGGCUUUUGGAGACGUUCCCUGCGAAAGAAAGGCGCUUCCUUUUCACAGCGGGGCCAGGAAGGGUGGACGGCUGGCAGGGCUUGCGGUGUUUUAUAGCGCUUUGUGUUUUGAAAUUGCGUGCGUUUCUUGCUAACGGAGCAAGCGCGGACCGUGAGAUGGCGAGAGCGACGUGCGGCGCGUGGAAGGGAGCACGGGAGGGGACGCUGGAGUGUGUUACCCCGAAAACUGAGCUUUGUGUUUGCUCCGUGUUGUUCAACCCGUGUGUUCUCUACGAUUCGUGUUAUGCCCUAAAUAUCCUGACAUGGAGGACUGCAAGGCAAGGAGCAACUCCCGGAGAGCCUUUGCUAUUUUAAAGUGUUUUUUUUUUUCGUAAGGAGAGGGACACAAAAGGAGCUGCGCACCACCUGCUGGACUGCACCCAGGCUGUGCUGCAGGUCGUAAAACAGCUCGCUUGCUUUGCCCCAAAGGGUUGAAAAUACCCCAGAGGGCUGAAAUAUGAAGUUGAACUGCACACCGUAAGGGCCAGUACUCGCUAGGAGGGGUUCUAAAGGAGUUACGGUGCCGUUUGCUCCGGGGUUUGACCCGUGACCAGUUGUCUUCCAGGCUAUCAUGAGAUAAGUCUGGAAUAAGAAUCGGUGAAGUCGGACUGCGCUCACGUGAGCAUCGCUGGUGGUACGGCCACACUCGCCUCUGCUAACUCGUUAACCUGUGUUAAUUAACGUGGCUGUGGCGCAAACACGCGACGUGUUCAGUGUAUGCUGGAGUUCACCGAAACGCUGAGGGAACUCGAAAUCCAGCUCGGGGAUCUCAAAACAGCGGAGCUGGAUCCAAGCUGUCUCCAGUCUUAAAAAUAUGGCCAAACUGUUUCGUUAGCAGUUCACAGCUCUGAGUCACUGAAUAAAACAUCGGAAGGCAGAGACGUGCCCAGCUCGCUGCGCACACACGCGGCAUUCCCCUUCUGUCAGCCUGCAGGGGUUGGGUUGGGUUGGUUUGCUCUUGCCGGGCGGUGCUCCUCAUUAAAACAUUACGUUAAAAUAAACCAACAGCUGGCAUUUUGUGCGUGCAGACCGAGGGAAAACAAAAA